GACUCUGUUUCGCCAGCGGGAGAAGGAGGGAUGCUCCAGGCCACGGUGGGCACAGUGGAGGAGAGGGAUGAGGAGCAGGAGGACGAAGGUGAAGAAGAGUUAGGGGAUGGAGGAGUGCCUUUCUAUGUGAAUAGAGGAGGCCUCCCGGUAGACGAGGAGACCUGGGAGAGGAUGUGGCGCCAUGUGGCCAGAAUUCACCCUGGUGGCGAAGCACUGGCCAAGGAGAUAAGAGGAACCACUGACCUGCCCAAGAUUCCAGUACCAAGUGUGCCUACAUACCAGCCCACCACCCCUAUCCCACAGCGCCUGGAAGCCAUACAAAAGUACAUCAGGGAACUGCAGUACAAUCACACAGGAACACAGUUUUUUGAGAUUAAGAAAAGCCGCCCUCUGACUGCGUUAAUGGACAUCGCAAAGGAAAUGACGCGGGAGGCUCUGCCAAUCAAAUGUUUGGAGGCGGUGAUCCUGGGAAUUUACCUCACCAACAACUUGCCUGGUGUGGAGCGUUUCCCCCUCAGCUUUAAGUCUCAUUUCUCAGGGAACCACUUCUACCACAUUGUACUGGGGGUUCACAGUGGGGGGCGCUUUGGUGCGCUGGGCAUGAGUCGGAGGGAGGACCUCAUGUUCAAGCCCCUGGAGUUCCGAACGCUGAUGGACCUGGUCCAGGAAUUUGAGGGAGCCUACCGGGGCUACUGGCACACCCUGCGCAAGGUGAAGAUCGGCCAGUACGUGUCCCACGACCCGCACAGCGUGGAGCAGAUAGAGUGGAAACACUCCAUACUAGAUCUGGACAAGCUGGGGAAGGAGGAACUUCGCAAGGAGCUGGAGAGACACACGCGAGACAUGAGGCUGAAGAUCGGAAAACAGGCGCCUCCCUCUCCCACCAAAGACAGGAGAAACAGCAUGGGCUCGCCGCUGAGGGUCCCGAGCAGCCCCGUCCGGAGGAUCAGCCGAGCCGAGAGACGUCCGUCCGGGGAGAAGAAGGUUUCGGAGCAAAAGUCUUCAACAGAUAUUAAUGGAUACCAGAUUCGGGUUUGA